AUGGCUUUAGAACAACUACAAGACAACCAACUUCUUCACUUUCUUAUCAUACCCUUAAUGUCACCAGGCCACUAUAUUCCCACCAUUGACAUGGCCAAGUUACUAGCUCAACAUGGUGUUAAAGUCACCAUAGUCACCACCCCAGUCAAUGCCCUCAGAUUUGGGUCAAUCCUUGAUCAAGCAGUCCAAUCAGGUCUUCCCAUCUGUUUUAUGGAAUUCCCACUUCCAUCUACAGAGUUUGGGUUACCAGAGGGCUGUGAAAGCUUGGAUGAUCUUCCAAAUUUGGGCUUAGCCAAGGAACUUUUCCUUGCCCAAAGUUCACUACAACAACAAGUGGAGCAAUACAUUGAAAACUCUGAGCCUAAGCCAAGUUGCAUACUAUCCGGGACAUUUCUCCAAUGGCCAGUUGAAACAGCAAAAAAGUUUCAGAUUCCAAGGAUUAUAUUCGAUGGAAUGAAUUGCUUCACACAGAUGUGUAACCACGUUUUGUACCUCACCAAGGUACAUGAAAGUGCGGAAGUGAAAGAAUUCCAUGAAAAUGUUCGGGUAUCUGAAUCCGAGGCAUAUGGAGUAAUCAUAAACAGUUUUCAGGAGUUGGAACAAGGAUAUGCUGAUGAAUAUCAGAAAAUCAAAGAAGAUAAAGCUUGGUGUGUAGGACCCUCGUCGCUAUGCUAUAAGGAUGUAUCAGAGAAGGCCCUGAGAGGUAACAAGCCCUCCAUUAACAAGAACGAAUGCCUGAAGUGGCUAGAUUCUAAAGAUAAUGGUUCGGUGAUCUAUGCAUGUCUCGGAAGUAUUAGUCGUAUGGAGCCUGACCAGCUAGUCGAGCUUGCUUUAGCUCUAGAAUCUUCUAACAGACCGUUUAUUUGGGUCGUUCGAGCAGGCCACAAGACUCCAAAGAUAGAAAAAUGGAUAGAAGAAGAUGGGUUUGAAGAGAGAACCAAAGAUCGAGGUCUAUUGAUCCGUGGGUGGGCUCCACAGCUGUUGGUUCUAUCUCACCCUGCAAUUGGAGGGUUCUUGACUCACUGUGGGUGGAAUUCAACUCUAGAAGGGGUGUGUGCUGGUGUGCCCAUGGUGACAUGGCCUCAGUUUCAGGAGCAGUUCUAUAAUGAGAAGUUAGUUGUACAAGUGUUGAGGAUUGGAGUUAGUGUUGGUGCUCAAAACGUGGUGCAUUGGGGUGAAGAAGAGAAGUCUGGAGUGCAAAUAAAGAGUGAGGAAUUGAGGAAGGCUAUAGAGAUGGUGAUGGAAGAAGGGAAAGAAGGAGAAGAGAGAAGAAAGAGAGCUAAAGAACUUAGUAAGAUGGCACAUAAAGCAAUAGAAGAGGGAGGAUCUUCUCACCAGAAUAUGAGAAGACUAAUUGAAGAUAUCAGGAACCAAUCCAGUACUAGGAAUUCAAGCUAA